AUGGCCCUACGGCAAAACAACCCCGGUGCAACGCAUAUAUCCAUGUCAACUGCCUGCACAGGUCCGUCGAAGCUGGGGGAGAUGCAUCCUAAGCCACAAAAGGCCUUGCAGACCCUUCGCGGGUACGGUCAUCUGCGCAUUCUCAUGGAGGACUACAAGACCCCAAAUGGCAUCACUCCCCUUGCUGUAGGAUUGUAUGCGUUUACGUGUGGUUGUGAGACCAUACGACGCCGGAAUGCUAAAUAG